AUGAAAACUUUCUCGACCAGGAUCACUAAUUAUGAGCUGCAUGAUUGUAUCGAUUUUGACAAGUUUAUAGAAAUUAAUAGUGGUGGUUCAGGCGUUAUUUAUAAAUCUGAAUGUAAAUGUUGUAAAAUCACAAGAGCCCUUAAACGCUUAAGGGAUAGUACACAAAAUCAAAAUUUCAACAGUGAG